GAAUGUAGCCAAUCGGAGUGGGCGAUGUUCUGUGCGAGUGCGGGGCGCGCGGGAACAGGAUCAGUUCCGGCUUGGUAGCGACCCGGGUGUCCAUGGAGCACACGAUGAUCCAGCGCUUGGCAGCCAGGAUGGGCGUCGCUACACCCGGAGUUCUCAGCAAAGCUGAGGAAUAUUUGCGGCUCUCUCAAGUGAAAUGCGCCACCUUGCUGGUCCAGAUGACGGCUACAAGCAAUGCUGUCAUCUGCCUGGACUUAGCGGCAAGCUUCAUGAAACACCCUGUGGACAAAAGCUAUGUAGUGAAACUCUCUGGUUUGAAUAAGGCUGCGUACCAGAGCUGCUUGAGGUCGUUUGAAAGCUUGCUUGGUGUGCACUCCAGUGUUGGCAUCCGAGAUUUGGCUGUUCAGUUUGGUUGCCCAGAGGCAGUGAACUUGGCCUCCAAAAUACUGCAGAGGUACGAAUCCAGCCUGCCUGGAUCUCAACAGACUGACCUCGACUUGUCCAAACCCUUAUUCACAACAGCUGCACUGUUAACGGCUUGCCGAUCCUUGAAGGUGAAAGUGGAUAAGAGCAAGAUGGUGGCCACAUCCGGGGUGAAGAAAGCCAUUUUCGACCGCCUUUGCAGCCAACUGGAGAAGAUAAGCCAGCAGAUCAGCGGUGAAAAUGUUCAGCUGACCGCCAAAGCGACGAACCCCCAGAAGACUUUGCAGGAAUGCCUUGGAGAGGAACACAUCGUCGGGGCCAAAAUCAAGACACCUCGCAAGCGCCCGCAAAGCACAGACGCGCCCAAAGACGACUACGAAGAAUGGAAGCGGAGGAUUCUGGAAAAUGCUGCCAAAUCGCAGCAGGAUGAUAGUUGAUUUGAAUGUGUCAGAACGCAGCCGGUUUGGGGGGUUUAGCUUGAAAUGUGUUUCAGUGUUGCCUGUUUCUAUCAACCUGUUAAGGCAUUGGCUCCUAGUCUUCCCCAACUAGGUGCUGUCCUACCUCACUACAAUUGUGAGUAUUGUCUUCUUGGGGGAGAUAUGUAGCUCCUUGUCUUCUGUAAAGACUGGAACUGCAGGCUCCCGAAAUGUGAAUCACCUGAACAAACAUUUAAGGCUUCAACAAACCAUCUUAUUUUAUUGCUGAAACCCUCACAGACGCUUUUCAAAGCGCCUCAAGUUUCUGUUGCUUUAAGCAAGCCGAUUCCCAUGUGACCAGAUUCUCAAUACGCAGCCUAGAUCACCUUGCCAGAUUUGGGAUUUGGUGCUACAGUAAAGUCUGUUGUCUUCGCUAGAAAUUGCUUACAUUUAAGAGACUUAGAACCAGAACCAACCACAUUUUGGUUUCAAAUGUGAACACAAGAAUUAGUCACCUAUUAACUGUCCCUUCUAACUCUCCAAAGACUUCAGGGACGUACAGGGAGAGUGACAUUUGACACUGGAAAUUUUUUAACCUAUAGAUUUUUAGCCAUUUUAAACAACAAUAGACUACGUUAUAAAUACGGUGCGUCAUCUGAAAUCUUCUGUCUUCCUGACGACUUUCUACCUUGUCUGUGUAGACUUGCCUCUUCUAGAGAAACAGUAAUAAAUUUUAUUAUACAUUUUAA